GGUUCCUCUCCAGCUCCUUGGGUGUGAGUGCGUGCCCCACCUGUGACCAUUGAGGGGUGGUUCACGAAUUGGUCACGCCCCACAUUCCAGAGAGCCUUGCCCCUGACGUAAAGUGGCAGCCGUAAAUGACGACCAUAAAAGGCCCGCUGGGUGAGAGUCUCUCAUUUGUCUUUGGCAGUGGGAGCGAGGAGACGUGCAUGGAAUCGAUCCAAGGAAUCCUACAAACGGAGUUGACCGGAGAGAAUCCUACAAAUGGCAAAACUGAAUGGGAAGUUAGACUGCCCGAUACAAGGGUCCCUCAGUCGGUGUUUUGUCCUUCUAGACAGGCACUUCGAACGCAUUAAUGGUUUGAUGCGUUUGGACCCAUCUUGCCCAACCCUUCUGUCUGAGGCAAAAGGUCGGCAAGUUGGGGGCUCCCCUGCGGACGUGCCUGGGGCUCCGCCUGCGGACGUGCCUGGGGCUUCGCCUGGGGACUCGCCUGGGGCUUCGUCGGGUUCCUCCGAGUCUGGUUCCGAGUCUGGUUCCGAGGGCCAUCCCUGUUGUGGCCGUUCCCAGCGGCCCACAACGCCUGACCCUCCAUGUCUACGGCUGUAUCUCCAAUUCCUCACUGGCCGUAAACCCUCUUCCAAGAAGUGGGAAAAUUCGCUACAGGCAGUCCAGCACGUGCGCCUGUUCCUUGGGUUAAUGGCAGAUGCUUCCCCGGGCGAGUCUUUCGCUGACAAUCUGGCGUUCCUCAGGGACACCGAGAGAUGUCAACUGUGGUACUCGGAGCUGCUGAAGUCGGGGUGGGCGCCCACUACGGUCCACAGUUAUCUGACGGACGUAGCGAGCUUCCUCCGUUACCUCUUGGAGGCCCGACUGCCCAGCGUUUGUGCGAGGAAAAGGCACCUGAAGGCCCUGUUGUUUCUGCUCAAUGCAUUCCGCAGAGCAGGACAACGUGAGCUCAUCCUGCACCGCCAGAAAGUUGCCGAGCUCGGACAACAACGGUUGAUUCCGAAGGGCCACCUCAAGCAAUUUGACACGCGUUGCAACAAGCUGAUCCCAGAUCUCCUCCAUCUCGCUGAGACGGGGCUCAUGAACGUGGUGCCGACCCUGGUUGGAAUGAUCUGCGGUAAGCUGAUGAUCCAUAACGGUCACCGAAGGGGCGUUCUGAUGAACAUGACGGCCGGUGAGGUGGAGUGUGCCCACCACCACGAUAAUCAGUUCCACGUACGGGUGUACGAUCACAAGACAGCGGGAAAAUACGGUGCGGCUGUGUUGGUGGUUAGCGCCAGAGAGCACGGUUGGUUGCUGAGAUUCUCCGUUCUCAGAGCCACUCUCCCUGGGUACCAUCGCCAUCCGCGUUCGUUUUUUUUCACCGGCGGCGGCAAACCGGUUGCAAAUAUGGGCCGUCAUCUCAGUAGAGCGUGGGAGGCCUGCGGUAUUGGCAAGAGGGUCACAGCCGGGAUGAUUCGCAGUGCUGUAGCUACAUAUACUUGGGCUACUCACGGGGAGGUGAGCAAAGUGACCGUCUCCCGGCACAUGACCCACAGCCUGCAGACCCAGGCAUCGUUCUAUGUCCACGAUGAGGCUCCCGCUAACCAUCAGCAGGCUCGGCGUCUGAUCGAACAGAGCCUGGAUAUCUGCGAGACAGAUCCUUUGCGAAGCCCAGAGAUGGGCUCGGCCUGAUGGAACUUCG